GUGAUCAUAAUAACCUCAUCACUUACAAUCAUCUGUUUCUGCCUAGUAGGUCAUAUAAUUCUAUGCCCAAUGGGGGUUGAGAUUAGUAAGUCAUUGUGGUGGGUGGUAGCUUUGUUCAUGGUGCAGGUUUUGCAACAAAUUGCAGAUGGGAAUCAACAGGUGCAUUGCCAUUUCAUUUUUGGAGACUCGUUGGCGGACAAUGGCAAUAAUAAUUUCCUUGAUACCCUAGCUAAAGUCAAUUAUUCACCAUAUGGGAUUGAUUAUCUUUAUGGCCCGACAGGAAGGUUCACCAAUGGUCGCGCCACUAUCGAUGUAAUUGCUGAACUUUUGGGCUUCGAAAACUUUAUUCCAUCUUUUGCAACUGCCUAUGGCACAGAUAUACUCUUUGGAGUGAAUUAUGCAUCAGGGUCAGCAGGAAUUCGAAAUGAGACUGGGAGCAGUUGUUUGCACGAUUAUGGAGCACGAAAAAUUGCAUUGUUUGGGCUGGGGCUAAUAGGAUGUACACCGAAUGCAGUUGAAAAAUAUGGCACAAAUGGGUCUAUUUGUGUGGAAAUUAUGGAGGAAGCAUCCCUGCUUUUCAAUAAGAAGCUGAAAUCGGUUGUUGAGGAGCUGAAUUCUAAUCUAACAGAUGCGAAAUUCAUAUACAUAAACUACUAUGCAGUUGGUGCAGAUUCUUCUCUUCUUGGUAAGCCACCUUUAAAUUAUGUUAACUUUAAUUAUAAUUAUGUUUACACCCUAUAUCAUAUUUUGAGUUUCGGUGCAGAUUUUAAGGAUACGAGUUCUGGGUGUUGCACAGUUGCAAGUGACGGUCAGUGUAUUGCAAACCAAAUUCCAUGCAAGAACAGAACAGAGUAUGCAUUCUGGGAUUCUUUCCAUCCAACAGAAGCUGUCAACAAAUUCAUCGCGGAAAGCUCUUAUAGUGCAUUGGAACCUUCCGAUGCUUAUCCAUUUGAUAUCCACAAUUUAGUCCUGCUUAAUCUAUAAGUUGAAGCCUCCAAGUGAAGGAAAUUUACUUCAAGAAUUGCUGGAAAGUACUCUGUUUCUGUUGUCAUCGUUAUUCCAGGAUUUCUCACCGGUUCAUGUUUUAAGUGUUUUAUUUAUUUAUUUUUUAUUUUAUCUGAUGUUUUAUGUGUUUGAUGUUUGCUGUUAUGAUUAGUGGAUCUCAUCAUCUAAUUGUAAGAGAAAGUGGGAAUAA